AUGCCGUCGUCCGACCGCGAAUAAUCUCUAGAAUCUUCCGUUUCCCACCCUCGCAGGCCCGCCUAUAUCUCCUCCUCGACGACGCGUCUCUGAGAACCGAAAAAGCUCGUGCUCGCCUCGCGCCGCUCGCUCUCUCACUUUUCAGCUUCUCUUCUUCUUCUUCUUCUUUUCCUGGUACGUCCGGAGCGAGAGAUAUCGAAGCUCGCUCGCUCUCUCGCGCCCUGCUUUUGCCGUCCGAUCGUCCGUCGAGCUCCGUGGCCGGCGGCUCGUGCGUGCUCGCGCGCGUGCUCGCUCUGUUUCGCCGUGCUUUCGGGUUUCUACUCGCGGAACGCCUGAUCUCAUGGGGAAGUGUUACCCGACCGUGAGCGAGGAGUACAGCAAGGCCGUCGAGAAAUGCAAGAAGAAGCUCCGAGGCCUCAUCGCCGAGAAGAACUGCGCUCCGCUCAUGCUUCGUCUCGCAUGGCACUCUGCCGGUACCUACGACGUGAAGACGAAGACAGGGGGUCCGUUUGGGACCAUGAAGCAUGCCGCUGAGCUCGCUCAUGGCGCCAAUAACGGACUCGACAUAGCCGUGAGGCUGUUGGAGCCCAUCAAGGAGCAGUUUCCUGUCCUCUCUUACGCCGACUUCUAUCAGUUGGCUGGUGUUGUUGCCGUGGAAGUCACCGGCGGACCUGAAAUUCCGUUCCACCCGGGAAGAGAGGAUAAGCCGGAACCGCCUCCUGAGGGUCGUCUGCCUGAUGCCACCAAGGGCUCUGAUCAUUUGAGAGAUGUGUUUGGUCACAUGGGUUUGAGCGAUCAGGAUAUUGUUGCUCUCUCUGGUGGCCAUACCCUGGGAAGAUGCCACAAAGAAAGAUCUGGAUUUGAGGGACCUUGGACUACCAAUCCUCUCAUUUUUGAUAACACCUAUUUCACGGAGCUAUUGACCGGUGAUAAGGAAGAUCUCCUUCAGCUGCCAUCCGACAAGGCUCUUCUCACUGAUCCCGUUUUCCGUCCACUUGUUGAAAAAUAUGCUGCGGAUGAAGAUGCCUUCUUCGCUGACUAUGCGGAAGCUCACCUAAAACUCUCUGAACUUGGAUUUGCGGAUGCCUAAGCCCCUGGUGAUGGAUUGCGGUAUGAAGGUUGAUGGUGCUUGAUUCAUCCGCUGUGUUUGUCAGAUGUAAUAGUCGGGAUGCGGAUGGAAAUUUGAUGUGUUUGUUCCUUGGUGUGAUCUUUCUUUUGAGAUGUCUAUUAAUGGAAGAACAAAGGUGAAAUGAUGUAAGCGUGCUUUUGAUUUGCAUAACUCAAGCUUUCCGAAUCUGGAUCUUUUGCUUCUUCC